GGUGUCGACGGCCGCCGGGCCGGUUGUCGUCGUAAAAGUGGAGGCUGCGGUGGUGGUAGUGCCGGAGGCAGUGUCGAGGCGGGUGAAACGCGCGUGACGCGGCGCCCCCCGGCCGGUUGCAGGGCGGCGCACCAUGCGACGCGAUGCGGUCCGCCAGCUCCGAACUGUUGCUGGACACCAAGCAGCAGCAGCUCCGCAAGAAGAAGCUGCUGGAAUUAGCGGCGGCCAAGAAGCAGAAGCGUGGCGUGCCCCGGACCCUCCGCGAGAAGGUGUGGUUCUACUCGACUCUGUCGUUCGCCAUGAUCGCCGUCGGAUCUGGCUCAGCGCUGCUGUUCCUGGUGCCGCUGUACGUGGACCCGGCCGUGUCAACGCUGCUGGCCGACUUCGUGCCGGAACCGGUGCAGUGCACCACGGUGCGCCGCGAACAGCUGGCCGGCCUGUACAACUGCACGUGGAGCUCGUGCCGGGAGGGUUGCACCAGCGACGUAUACAACUGCAGUCACAUUUACGUGGCGUACAGGACGUCCGCCGAUGGAGUCAGUGGCGCCGGUGGCGGUGGCGGCGGCAUACAAGUGGCGUCGGGUCGCGGCGGCGAUGUGAUCGUGCCCGAGGCCGUGCUGCUGGUCAACAUCAAGGGCUGCGGUUACCCGCCGGCCGUGGCUUGUUCCAAUUUCACCAAGGCGUACGGCGUACCGGGCGCCACAUUCCCGUGCCACUAUUCCCGGCAGAACCACACGCUGGCCGUGGUCGGCUACGACAAGCGGCAGCAGUACGCCGACAUCGUCCACUACUUUGCCGUCCCGUUCGCCGUGUGCGUGGUCACGUCCAUCGUGCUAUGCGUCAUGCACUGCGACUGUCAGCAGGCUGCGGCCGCAGCGGCCGGACAACAAGCACUGCCGGAGACGUCCAGGAGUUCCGCCGGACACUCACACACGGAGGGCUACAGCGAUCACUCGAUAAGUACCCGGGUAGAACGGCUGGACGAAGCAAUAAUGGAAGCGUCCAGAGCGCUGCAGGGCGAACCGAGCGGAUUAUGACAAUACUCGGAGACGAGCUGCUGAGUACGUGUAAUUCGGCGCAAACUGCAUAAUAUACAACACAUAAUAAUAAUUAUAAUACCAAAUAAUAUUAUAAUACUGUAUACACUAUAUAUACUUAUUAUUAAUUUAUUAUUAUUGUUAUUAUUUAUUACAAUAUUGUUGUUAUAUCGUUAUAUCGCUAAAUUGUCAUCCAGCGAUGUGGCUCUGCUGUGAGACGAGCAGACUUCCACGUACGAGCUCGACAAAUACGUCCAGUCACGUACAAACCACUCGACUUACGUCUUAAGUUCGAAUCGAGAUACUGCAGUCAUUAUUAUAUAUUACAUAUUAUUAUAAUACACGUAUACACGCAUAUUUAUGAAAUAUAUUAUAAUACGUGUUUUUAUGUGUACUUUAGCAAAAAAUGUGUACAGUUAUUAUAUUACGAGUUGUUAAGUUUUCAUUUUUGAAACGCAGUAAAAUUAUAUAAUAUUAUACAAUAAGAAUU